AUGUUGGAAAACAAAUGUGCCCGUACACCUUGGAUCAAAACAAAGAUGGGUGGUGUUCUGAAAAGAAAACAAUUUCCUUUCAGGAUGACAAUAUGGAAAUUGUACAAAGCUAAAUUGGAAGCGCAUGCUGCACUAGAGAAAUUCCUAUUUGAAGCGGAAAACGCAAAAAGAGAGCAACUAGGAAUCAGCAAAAUUCUCACUUGGAAAGAAAAACUAAAACGAUUCUUCUCUCCUGUAUAUCCAUCUUGGCGGGAGAAUUUCGUGCCGACCAACUGCUACGAACGAAUAUUCAGCAAAGGAACUACAGAAAACGCGAUUGCACGACUCAUCCGUAACAUAAUUAUUCUAGAAGCAUUUGGUUUAGUUAUGUACUUUGUGCUCUCAUAUAAAUACGCUAGUCGACCAGAAAAUGUUGGUACAAUUCUUUCUAUUGUCAUUCACACUUUUCUCGUUUUUAUGUUUGUGUUCCCAGCGCUGAUGAGCUACUUCAUGUUGGCUGUGCAUCGAAUGAUUAGCACAAAGAUACGAGGACUGUUGCUGUUGUUGAUGAUAUCCAUGUCUUUUGAGGGACCAGCCAUGAAUGCAGUAAUGAACAUCCAUAAGGUGGCUGAAGGUAUUGCAUGUGUGCAAACCGAUGUCACUUCAGCUUUGAACGAUGUCAAAGGUCGAGCAGGAGAUGUGAAAGAUAUGAUUGCCAACAAAAUACAAGCACUUAUAGUAAAGGUUGCUGCUCCGAUCAAUAAAUUUCGUGCUACGCUACGAAAAAUUGACGCUAAAGUUCGCCGGAUAGUUGAAGCAAUACGAAAACAAUUUCGUGCACUCGCCAAUUUAACAAAUCUUUGCACUCGAUUCAUGAAAAAACCGUAUGCUAUAUGCAAGAACUUUUUCGAAAAAAUGUUUAUUGCUUGUGUUUCAAACGACAACGUUAUAAGUUUGCCGGGUUGCGAUAUCAUUAAAAAAUCAAGCUCGAAAUAUAAGGGUAAUAUAAGGGAAGGGGUAACCUUACGGCCUUAA